UUUACAACACGCUGUGAGGUUAAGGGAUGACAUUUGUUUUUGUUUAUGAAUUGAAAGGAUAGCUGUUGACCUGCGACCGGGCCAGAGAACGAGGUGGUGGUGUUGGGUGUCAUUUUCAUGUUUUGUGUGUUCGCAAUGUUUAGGAGAGCAUGAUAGUUUUGAAAAGUAUUGUUUUUUUCGUUUUGUUUAACGUAGCGUGCUCAAUUAUUGCCGUGAAUCACUGGGUGUUAAAUGAUAAUGGACUGAUAACGGCGAAGAUCGAUUCGCCAUUUUAUAUGCGAGAACCCCAAAACCUAGCUACAUUCCUCGAUCAAAUAAAGCAUCAUGAAAUCGUUGAAAGCACACAUUUGGAACUAUUGCGCCAAAAAGAGUUGAUGGUUGAACAAAUCAUCCAAUCUGUACGGUUUGGAAUAGAGACAAUAGAACAAGCAAAAUGUUCUGCAAAAUUUGAUGACCCCGACAAUAUAUUGAGCCAUACCCGAUUAACGCGAAACUAUUUGAAUCGGUUCAACAAAAAUGCAAAGUAUGAACUACUGGUAAAACCCCAAUUACCGUACUGUGAACAGUUCCUUGAAUUUAACAUUGGAAUGUGUUGCUUUGAUCAUCUUCCAAGUUUGGGGAAUUCACGAUUGCUAGAAAUUUCUCCAGAGGAUGAUAUGAAAGAUGAAGAGUUGGAAAUUGACAAUGACUAUUUUCUCUCGGAUAUUGUAGCAGGGUUGAAAAAGAAUCCAAAUUCAUGGAAACAUCAUGCUCUUGCUUCCUACUAUUGGCGAAUGAAAGGCAAUGCGCAUCAGGCUGUGGAGUGUGCACGUCGAGCGAUUUUGUUGGCUCCGCGAGAAUUCAAAGAUGUUCCUCUUUUGAGCUUAGGGACAAUAUUGACCCGGGCUGAACAGUUCAACGAUGCUGAUAUUGUCCUUAGUGCGGCUGUUGAUCAUGCCCCUCACAUUGCAGAGAAUCAUUUGGCAUUGGGAAUCACUUUAGCCAUGUCAUAUAAUUUUAAUAGAUCUAUUGAACAUUUAGAAACUGCUGAGAAAGUGGAUCCAUCGUAUUCACACAAGAUUAGUAAUCUUAAAAAUUUUGUUAUGUGCCUAAAUAAAUUGAACAGGAAUUCCGAGAAAAUUGACGGAUUUAUUGAAUAUUUCAAGAAGGAAGUAAGUGGGUUGCGGUCGAUGAAAGCUAAGAUAUUUGCUAGCCACGAAAAGCUUCUCCAGCAGCAGGUACCAUUAGGAGCACGCUAUGUUGAUAUGGACAAAGCGAAUGGACCAUUCACCCAUCGGGGACAAUAUUGCAGUACACGUACUUUGGCCGGCAACGAUGAGCCAGUGUUAUUUUGUGAUUUUUAUUCAGAAAUUCAAAUGCGACUAGAAAGUUAUGACGUUGAUAUAGAAGCAUUAGAACAAGAAAUAAAUGCAAAUAGUGAGGCUAUAAAGGAACGACUAACUAUGGAACUCCAUUCACAACUAAAUUUCCAAAGAUUGAAGACUAAACCUAGCCGUGACUAGGGGCUGUGUUGAACCAAGUUUUUAAUGUGUCAUUGUCUACAUAGUAAAUGGCAUUUAUCAUACAUUCUUUCGACUAUAUUUCAAUGUGUCUAUUUUAAGCGUCUUUUUUUAUGAGAAUAAACAUUUUUUUAAAUAAGGAAA